GUUGCUACCUGAAAACUCAGACUCAGAGUGUAUGUAAAAUGGUCGGAACUCCCAGUAUAGAGAGGGCAUGUCCUGGGGCCGUUGGCCCAGAUCAGGUCUCCAACUUCCUGCAGUCAUCUUUCUUAAGUUUGCACCAUGGCCCAAUCUACCCCAAGCUCCUCUUAGGGCAGACCCAAAAGGAAGUGAACUAGCUGUUGUCUAAUAAGAGGGUGGGGCUUGGGGACAUUAUUACUCAGGUUACUUGUGAAUUUCACUUUGGGUGCAAACCAGGUCAGUGGGAUGCCUCACACUGAGAGAAAAGAGCUCAGGCCUGAGGAGACUGACCAGCGGCUGCUUUCCCCAGGUGGCCAACCCACAUUGUGGAAGCACAUGGAUUCCAUUCAGCCUGUAGAGUUGUGGCAAGACGAAGGAACCUCUGGCUGCCCUCAGGAGGGCUUUUCCUGCUCCCCGGACAGCUCUGAGCUGCCUGUUUUUCUCCAGGUGCAGGAGUGCCUGAACCAAUUCAAGGUGACGGGCACACAGUUGCGGCAGAUCCAAGCUAGCCUCCUGGGCUCCAUGGAGCAGGCACUGAGGGGCCAGGCUAGCCCCACCGCUGCUGUCCGGAUGCUGCCCACAUAUGUGUGGUCCACCCCACAUGGCACUGAGCAAGGAGACUUCGUGGUGCUGGAGCUGGGAGCCACGGGGGCUUCACUGCGUGUCCUGUGGGUGACCCUGACGGGCACUGAGGGACACCGGAUUGAGCCCCAGAGCCAGGAGUUUUUGAUCCCCCAAGAGGUGAUGCUGGGUCCUGGUCAGCAGCUCUUUGACUUUGCUGCUCGCUGCCUGUCUGAGUUCCUGGAUGCGCUCCCUGUGGGCAACCAGAGCCUGCAGCUUGGGUUCAACUUCUCCUUCCCUUGUCACCAAACGGGCCUGGACAGGAGUACCCUCAUUUACUGGACUAAAGGUUUUAGGUGCAGUGGUGUGGAAGGCCAGGAUGUGGUCCAGCUGCUUCGAGAUGCCAUUGAGAGGCAGGGGGCCUACAGCAUUGAUGUGGUUGCCGUGGUGAAUGACACGGUGGGAACCAUGAUGGGCUGCGAGCCAGGGUCUGAGCCGUGUGAGGUCGGGCUCGUUGUAGACACUGGCACCAAUGCGUGUUACAUGGAGGAGGCACGACACGUGGCAGUGCUGGACGAGGACCGGGGCCGCGUCUGCGUCAGCAUUGAGUGGGGCUCCUUCGGCGACGAUGAGGCCCUCGGGCCAGUGCUGACCACCUUUGACCACAUCCUGGACCAGGAGUCCGUGAAUCCCGGUGCCCAGAGGUUUGAGAAGAUGAUUGGCGGCCUGUACCUGGGUGAGCUGGUGCGACAGGUGCUGGCUCACCUGGCCCAGCACGGGAUCCUCUUUGGUGGCUGUACCUCCCCUGCCCUGCUGAGCCAAGGAAGCAUCCUCCUGGAGCAUGUGGCUGAGAUGGAGGACCCCUUGGCCGGGACUGCCCGUGUGCACGCUAUCCUGCAGGACUUGGGCCUGAGCCCAGGGGCCUCAGACGCUAAGCUGGUGCAGCAUGUGUGUGUGGCCGUGUGCACUCGAGCUGCCCAGCUCUGCGCUGCUGCCCUGGCUGCUGUCCUCACCCACCUCCAGCACAGCCGGGAGCAGCAGGCACUUCAGAUCGCUGUGGCCACUGGAGGCCGAGUGUUUGAGCGACACUCCAGGUUCCUCAGCAUCCUGCAGGAGACAGUGAAACUCCUGGCCCCUGGAUGUGACGUCUCCUUCACCCCUUCUGUGGAUGGGGGCGGUCGCGGUGUGGCAAUGGUGACCGCUGUGGCUGCCCGCCUGGCUGCCCACCGGCGCCUACUGGAGGAGACCCUGGCACCUUUCCGGCUGAAGCACGAGCAGCUGGCAAUGGUGCAAGCACAGAUGCGGGAGGCCAUGGCCAAGGGGCUCCAAGGGGAGGCCUCCUCCCUCCGAAUGCUGCCCACUUACGUCCGGGCCACUCCUGAUGGCAGUGAGCGGGGGGACUUCCUGGCACUGGACCUUGGAGGCACCAACUUCCGAGUCCUCCUAGUACAUGUGGCCACAGAAGGUGUGGAGAUCACCAGCCAGGUCUAUUCCAUCCCUGAGUGCGUGGCUCAGGGCUCUGGACAACAGCUCUUUGAUCACAUCGUGGACUGCAUCCUGGACUUCCAGCAGAAGCACGGCCUGAGUGGGCAGAGCCUCCCACUGGGUUUCACCUUCUCCUUCCCGUGCAGGCAGCUUGGUUUGGACCAGGGCAUCCUCCUGAACUGGACGAAGGGUUUCAAUGCAUCAGAUUGCGAGGGCCAAGAUGUGGUGUGUCUGCUGCGGGAAGCCCUUGCUCGCAGACAGGCAGUGAAGCUGAAUGUCGUUGCCAUUGUCAAUGACACAGUGGGAACCAUGAUGUCCUGUGGCUAUGAGGACCCCCGUUGUGAGGUCGGCCUUAUUGUUGGAACUGGCACCAAUGCCUGCUACAUGGAGGAGCUCCGGAAUGUGGCAGGAGUAGCUGGGAGCUCAGGCCACAUGUGCAUCAACAUGGAGUGGGGCGCCUUCGGGGAUGAUGGCUCUCUGGACAUGCUCAGCACCUGCUUUGAUGCAAGUGUGGACCAGGCAUCCAUCAACCCGGGCAAACAGAGGUUUGAGAAGAUGAUCAGCGGCAUGUACCUGGGAGAGAUCGUCCGCCACAUCCUCUUGCAUUUGACCAGCCUUGGAGUUCUCUUCCGGGGUCAGCAGAUCCAGCUCCUUCAGACCAGGGACAUUUUCAAGACCAAGUUUCUUUCUGAGAUUGAAAGUGACAGCCUGGCCCUGAGGCAGGUCCGAGCCAUCCUUGAAGAUCUGGGGCUGCCCCUGACCUCAGAUGAUGCCCUGAUAGUCCUGGAGGUGUGCCAGGCUGUAUCCCAGCGGGCUGCCCAGCUCUGUGGGGCAGGUGUGGCUGCUGUGGUGGAGAAGAUCCGUGAGAACAGGGGCCUGGAAGAGCUGACUGUGUCUGUGGGUGUGGAUGGGACCCUCUACAAGCUGCACCCCCACUUCUCUCGCCUGGUGGCAGCCACUGUACAGGAGCUGGCCCCUCACUGUGUGGUCACCUUCCUGCAGUCGGAGGAUGGGUCGGGCAAAGGUGCAGCCCUGGUCACUGCUGUAGCCUGCCGCCUGGCCCGGCUGGCCCGUGUCUGAAGAAGGCUCCAGGAACCUGGACCAGGGCAGGGGCCCCACCUGUCCUCCAGCCAGGCCCAGCCACCCAGGACUCCCAGAACAGCCAGUGUGUGAUCCCUCUGUGGCCACUGGCCUCAACCUCCGGCUUCCCUGAGAGAAGCAGCACUCGGGUUAGCAAUAUAUAUAUAUAAUUUAUUUACAUUCACGUCCGCUAAAAUCCCUACGUGCCCCGACGGCCGGGCAAGGCUGUGUACAUAAGGCCAAGUGUAAGUGCGUGAAUGCACUUAAGACAGAGUCAGGGCAUGAGCUUCACACGACAGGCCCCGGGAGCGGGCACACCACGGCACGAACACUCGCCAUUGUCCAGCCCAGGACUCCCGUUGCAUAUUCACAUGCCCCAUCGGGCAGGGCUCCUCUUGGCUGGGGGAGGGGGAGGUUCAGGAGGAGCCGUUGGGUUUCCCUGGGUGGGUGGGAGAAGGGCAGCAGGUGAGAGGCAGAUGUGGACUGGUACUGGGUGUGAGAGAUGUGAGUGGCCUCCCGGUGUACAGUGAGAUGUGUGCACGAGGGUUGGGGGGAAGCCAGUGAGAUGACACACGAGACAUGCAUGGGCACAUGCCCAUGUGGGGGUCGUGUGCCUGAAUCCAGGGGCCGCCCCCGUCCAGCUGUGGCCCUCAGUCCCACAGGCUUGGAGCUGGGCUCCUCAGAUGUGCCCCUACCCAGCAGGCACAGAAAUGUUUGCAUAAGGUCCAGCUUAGGCAGGAGUUCCAGGGCCAUGUCCUGAGCCCAGUGUAUGCGAGCAUGCCGUGUGUGUGCAGCCCCCGGCAGGGGCAGGGGGAGAGGUAGCACCACACACAUACACACACACAGUUGGGCUGGGCCUGGUCCGGCAGGACUGUCCCACCUGGGACCUGGGAGCAGGGGGCAGUGCCAGCCUGGCCUGGCAGGCCAUGUUGGGGUGGGAGCAUGGGCAGGGUCUGAAGGGCCAAUGCGAAGGGACAGUUUCCACCAUGAGGGGACCUGUCCACACAGCUCCCCUGGGUGUGGGGGAGGGGCCUCGUCCGGCUUCUGCCUGUCCCUGGUGGGUCCCAAAGCUGGUGAGAGUGUAGGUAUUGGGGGCCUGGCUGGUCUCAGCAUUCAGCUUCCGACACUGUGAAGAGUCCAUUGUCUGGCUGGCCCAGUCCAGCCACUGCUGCAGCCAGCUGGCUGAGGUUGCCAUUGGGGAAGUGCCUUGCCUCCCACAGGUUGAGGAUCAUGGCUGUGGGGCUGGGCUUGGAGGCAAAGAAGCUGAGAUGACUGUGGAGGGGAGGGAAGGAAGGGAGCCCGUUAGUGGCCUGGUCUCACCCCAGGGCCUCCUGCCCCCUAGCCCACCUAAAGGCAGGGCCUCCCCUCCGUCAAGCACACUGGACGCCCUGGCUGCUGGUGGAUGAGGUGCAAAGGGCGUCCUGUCCAUCCCACCUAUCCUACCCUGCCAGGCUAGAUGGCCUUUGCAAUCCCUCCCUGCUCAUCCCACGCACCUGUCCAGAUGAAGCUUCUGAGCCAGAGUCCGCCAGUCGGCACCCCGGCUACAGGGUGGGUCCAGGCUGGUAAUGAUCUUCUGCCGAAUGAGAAAGGGGAUCUUGAAGGCACUGGGGCCCACGAGGGCUGGGACCCCUGCUUCACUCUCCAGAGCCAGCAGCUCAGUGAAUCUUGUGUCCUGGGGUGCGAAGGGGUGAAGAUGGCUGUUAAAACUCUCCCUGGCCCAGGCCCACUGCAACCUCCUGCUGGGGACUGCCCAAACCUCCCCAGAGCAUGGUGCCGCAUAAGCACUGCUGCUUCCUGGGCACCCCCCCACUAGGGCUUAGAGGUGUAGUGACCUGCCCAACGUGACACAGCUAGUGAGCAGGAGCCACCUGGCCUCAUUCCCCUCUUCCUUCCCACCAGCCCUCCCUGUCACUACUGCCUCUGCUCAACACCUGGGACUCUCUGUGUUCCUCUCCUGCCUGUCCUUGAACUCACUGCCCCUGCCAGAACGCUGCCCUUCCCUCGCUACUCCCAGUCUAACUCUUACUGAUCCUUCAAGGCCCAGUAGAGACCCUCCUCAGGGAGGCCUGGGGCCCAGGCUGCCCCUGCCCUUCCUGCUGCUCCCACUCCUCUUCAGUCCUUUCCCAAGUCCCACUGCCUGUCGGCACCUGUGCCUCUCCCUGGAGACUCAGAGGAAGAGGCCAAGCGAUUUCUUGUCUCUAGGAGAGGUGUCAGAGUGGGCCUGGGGGUGUGGUGCACAUUACGGCAGUGCUGAUGCCUCCCUGCCCACCUUGGUGAUGUUGAAGUUGAUGUUGAAGCUCUGCCCAUCACCCUCCACCUGCCACACCCACACCUUGCAAGCCAGGUCACUGGUGCUGGGGCUGACACGCUCCAAGGUGAAGGUGCAGUGCAGGUACUGCUGCGUGCCAUUCCAGAUGUGAUAGAAGGGGAUCUCCUGGGGUGGGGGAGCAGAGGGGCAGCGUCAGACGUGCCUGGCAUCAGGUGUGCCUGGCUCCAGGCACCUUGAGCACCCUCACCUGGUAGCUAACGAGGAGCUUGCUCUUCCACAGGGAGCUGGGCACAUCGUGGAUAGACAGGCGCAAGUUGUGGUAACUGUCCUUCAAGUGCAGGACACGAGGCUCCUGGAUGAGCUGUCCUCCCAGCUGCUUCUCUAGCUGCACCACCUCCUGCAGUGCCCCAGGUGGUCAGCCAAGUUUGGGGCUGGGAGAGCCCCCACACCUCCCCGCGGUCUGGGGGUGCUCAGCCCUCAGUGCCAAGCACAUGGCCUCUCUGCGGCAGGGUGAGGUUGGGCAGUACCUUGAGUGCAUCUCGGGUGUCCUGUAGACAGUAGACUCGUAUGUUGUACUCCAGGGAGGUGCAGGCCACCGGGGCAAACAGAAGCAGCUUGAGGCGCUUGGCAGCGACCACACUGAGGGCCUCUCCCACCAGGGCGAAGCGGCCCAGCUGCUCAGUGAAGAUGUAGCAGGUGCCGGCCUCCAGCUGGCAGUAGUAGAGGUGGGAGGGCGCCUCCUCACCCAGGUGCAGCACGUCCUGCAGGUAGGGACCCAUGGAUCAACUCAUGGCCAAGUGCAGCUCUAAGUGUUGGCCAGAGACCAGGGACAGGGGCCUGGCUCAAGGGCCAGGUGGGAAACUGGGCUCCACGUGGAGGCAUGUGUUGGCUCCCUUGGGUGGGCAGUGGGGCUUACCUCCCAGCUGCCCUCGCAGGACUGCUUUUUGAGGUGCAGGCUCCAGCUCUCAGGGCUAGGCUCCCCGCAGUGGUCCAUGGCAAGGAUGACAGGCCGGGUGAGCAGAACUCCGGGGGGACCACAGCUAACGAUGGGACUCAGCAGGGUCUGACAGCCGGCUAGG